AUGGAGGUGACCAAUCAGUCCACCAUAAUAGGGUUUGUCUUGCUGGGGUUAUCAGAUCACCCAACGCUGGAGAAAAUGUUCUUUGUACUCAUUCUGCUGAUGUACCUGGUGAUCCUGUUGGGCAAUGGGGUCCUCAUUCUGGUGACCAUCGUUGAUUCCCGCCUGCACACACCCAUGUACUUCUUCCUGGGGAAUCUCUCCUUCCUGGACAUCUGCUACACCAGCUCCUCCAUUCCUCUAGUACUGGAUGGUUUCCUGACUCCAAGAAAAACAAUCUCUUUCUCAGGCUGUACUGUGCAGAUGUUCCUCUCCUUUGCCAUGGGAGCCACAGAGUGUGUGCUCCUAGGCAUGAUGGCCUUUGAUCGCUAUGUGGCCAUCUGCAACCCCCUCAGGUACCCUGUGAUCAUGAGUAAAGCUGCCUAUGUGCCCAUGGCUGCCAGCUCCUGGGCAGCUGGUGGAGCUAACGCUUUGGUGCAGAUAUCUCUUGCAAUCAAGUUACCCUUCUGUGGAGACAACAUCAUUAAUCACUUCACCUGUGAAAUCCUGGCAGUCCUGAAGUUGGCCUGUGCUGACAUCUCCAUCAAUGUUAUUAGCAUGGAACUGGGUAAUGUCAUCUUUCUGGGGAUCCCAGUUCUAUUCAUCUUUGUCUCUUAUAUCUUCAUCCUUACCACUAUCCUAAGAAUCCCCUCAACUGAGGGCCGACGAAAAGCCUUCUCUACCUGCUCUGCACAUCUUACAGUGGUCAUUAUCUUCUAUGGAACUAUUCUUUUCAUGUAUACAAAGCCCAAGUCCAAGGACCCACAAGGGGCUGACAAGCAGGAUCUUUCAGACAAGCUCAUCUCCCUCUUCUAUGGAGUACUGACCCCCAUGCUCAACCCUAUCAUCUAUAGCCUAAGGAACAAAGAUGUGAAGGUGGCUAUGAAGAACCUGGUGAGCCAGAAAUGUUUGGUCUAG